AUGGUGUGUCUGGCUCAAAUGUACCGCGAUGGUCGUGUUGUCGAGAGCGACCACGAAGCCGCGACGCAGUGGUGCACCCGCGCCGCCAGUCUCGGGUCCGUCGAAGCCACGUUUGCGCUGGGGGACCUCCUCGUGCAAAAGGCGCGUCUUGUCUCCCACGUGGCGCGACGCCAAGAGACGUAUGCACUGGCGAUGGUGCGACUCACGCAAGCUGCCGACCAAGGCCACCGAGACGCACAGUACGCUGCCGGACACUUGUACGAAAUCGGCGCGGUCGGCGCGGUUCAAUGGCAGUUGGCCAAAGACUCGUACCUCAAAGCGAGUGACCAAGGCCACAGUAAGGCACAGGAAGCCUUGGGGCGUCUCUACUACCACGGGCAUGGCGUCGAGAUGGACAAGACCCAAGCCGGCCACUACUUUCAGCUGGCGACGCAGGGCCACGGCGUGGCGGCGCAGCGUGCGGCGCAGCUCUACUACAGCGGUCACAAGGGCGCCGACGUGCGCAGUGAGAAGCGGCUCGCAUUUGAAAUGUACUUGAUCGCAGCGCGAACCAGUCACGACGCCGAGUCGAUGAACGCGCUGGGCCUCAUGUACGAAGACGGCGAAGGCGUUGCCGUCGACAUGACGAUGGCGGCCGACUGUUUUCGCCAAGCGGCCGACCGGCAGAGCGCCCACGGCCACUUUAACUAUGCCUGUCUCCUCCGCGCCGGCCGCGGUGUCGAGAAGGAUGUGGAGGCGGCCAAACACCACUUUGAACAGGCGCUCGCGCUCGGCUACGCCCAGGCCAGGCAAUUUCUCUCAACAACGAAAUAGCAACGGUUCAAAUACGCUCUCAGUUGGGGAAUGCUGUAACAGGGCCGCUCGAAGCUGUGACGUCGACGCGUCGCAAAACCAUUUACCGCCCGCUCGCCCAGAGCUGUGGUGACGACGACCUCGGAGAAAACGGCCUUGAGCGUUUGCACACCGCACUCGUCGAUGACGACCUCGUCCUACGAGACGACCCAUCGGGAUCUCAUCGAGAGAUCGGUCGGUCGCAGGCGUGAAUCAAAUCGGUUUACCAUCC